AUCUCUCGCUCAAGAGUCAUGUCGCCAUAUCGUCGGUAUGCAAUUGAAAUUCGAUUUUUUCUUCAUUCGAUUCUCUUUUGAUUUAUUUGAGCUCGUUUGUGGAAUUGUGGUCCUUUCCCCCGUUAUUUGCACCGGCAAAACUCUUCUUUUUUGUUGUAUUUUGAUUUGUUUGAUCGAUCACCAACAAUUACAGGAAUGAAGGAUUUGCUUCUAGUAUGACCAUUGCCAAAAGUAUUGCAUCUGAAAUGGGUGUAGAGCCAUCAUUUUCAGUGAAGCGCAAGGCUCAAAGGAAGAAACAUUUUGAUGAAAUUGACACCAAUGAAGAAAUUCUACAAGCUGAGAAGGCUUUUGAGGUCAAUUACUUCUUGGUCGUGGUUGAUAUGGCAAACACCUCAUUGAAAAGUAGAUUUGAAGAACUACAAACAUUCAAAAGUAUAUUUGGGUUUUUACUUAGCUCAACAACUUUGAAGUCACUAAAUGAUACUGAAUUAGAAGAUUGUUGCACCAAAUUUGCGAAAACAUUCUCUUCGCAUGACACAUCUGAUGUGGAGGUAAAUGAUCUAAUAUCUGAGUUGAAGGUUUUGAAGCUAAGUUUGCCGGAAAGGCCAAUGUCUUCUAUGGACAUUUUUGAAAAGAAGCUUUUCAAAGUUGAAACUGUUGAAGAAUUAUUUAAGAUCUACGAUGUCUCAACAACGGCUGAACGGGCUUGCCACUUUAUGUAUUGA